CUUGUCCUUCUUUCUCUUCUUUCUUUCGCUCUGCUUCCCUUUCUCCCCGCACUCAUUACCUGCCCCAGGUCCUGCGAGAGGGAGCUUUGUUGCGGUCGAUAAAUCCCCUCGCUUUGGACAGUGGUUUCUUUGAAUGUAUAGAUAGGUGGUUCCGCCCCGUCUCCGCCUCUAAAAAGUUCCACACACUCUUUCGACGUUUCAUUCGAUCUCAAUUACUCUUAUAGACAUUCAAUUGCUUGAUAUUAUUGGGUAAUCGUUUUUCUUGAAAUUACCCGAUCUGCAGCGAGGGUGCUUGCUUACCCACCACACGACCAUGUUAUAUCAAUAUGCGCAACGGUCCGUGGUUUCUUUUGCCCGGGCUGGCCUGCGCAGGCCGCCCAGAACAAACCGCAUAAUCACCCCCUACGUGAGUCGGGGCUUCUCGCAGGGUUCAACUCGGAAGAACUCCGAUACGUCGGAUCAAAGUGCUACCAAAGACGACAAAAAUCGCAAGAGCAAUGACUCGGAGGAACCCACGCUGAGGUCGACGCUGCUGAAGAUGAUGGAGGCCGCAGCGACUACUUUUGCUUCUAUGGCCGUUCUGGGUCUGGCUGGAUACGCCUACCAUCGGUACUACAAGUAUCUGAUUCUGGAGAAGAUGGAAAAUGCCUUCAACCCAGGUGAUCCGGCCCUCGAGCUGGCGGGUGUAGAAGACGGGAAGCACAAGUAUAGCUACGAGGAGCAUUGGGUGCACCGUGAUGAGCAGGCUAGAGUGGAUAGAAUCAUUUCCGGUCACGCAGGAGGUCGCUACUACUUGUUGGUUGGAGAAAAGGGUACCGGAAAGACAUCAAUGAUUCUCGAGGCGAUGCGCAAGAUUGACGGCGAGGGCUGUGCCAUGUUCGAGGCCCACGCAGAUCUCGAAAUCUUCCGAAUCCGCCUGGGAAAAGCCCUGGACUAUGAGUUCCACGAAGAUUACAUUGGAAGUCUUUUCAGUAUCAAGGGGCCCCGUGAUACCACUGCUCUCCUGGACAUUGAGCGCGCAUUCAACAAACUGGAAAAGGUUGCCCUUGCGAGAAGACGCAGCAAGGAGUCACCAUUGAUCUUGAUCAUCAACAGCGCACACCUGAUCCGCGAUGACCACGAUGGUCAAGAUCUUCUCGAGGUCAUACAACAACGGGCCGAACAGUGGGCAGCAAGUGGUCUGGUCACCACAGUAUUAAACAGUGAUGAGUACUGGGUUUAUGAACGCCUGAAGAAAUAUGCUACCAGAAUGGAAGUCAUCCCAGUUAAAGAUUUGCCCAAAGACCGGGCAAUGGAAGCCUUGAGGAAAUAUCGCAAGCAGUACUUCGGCGAGGACCUAUCGCCCAACACUCUCGAAGAGGUGUACGAUCUCGUCGGUGGGCGGCUGUCCUACUUGAACCGAGUUGCAAAGGCCGUGGAUUACAAGAAGCUUUGCCACAGCAUCUGUGAAGCCGAGAAGACGUGGUUCCUCAACAAGUGCUGGAUCCUGGGUCCCGAAAUGGAUGACGACGUAAUGGACCAGCAGAAAUAUGCGUCUGCCGCGAUGGUGCUGGCUCGGGCACUUGUGCUCAAGGGACAGGAAAUGGACAAGACCUAUGACCCCAAGCUGGGCCACAUCCUGCCGGAGAUUCCUCUCCACGAAGCUCGACAGAUCAUGACGAGAGCGGACUUCAUCCAAAGCUACGACCAUGAGAACAUCUUCACGAUCGACUCCCGGGCUAUGGUGCGUGCCGAUUCAGUUCCCAUGCAGAAUGCCUUCAAGGAGAUAUGCUCCUGGGAAGGAUUCGACGAGCACCUGGAAGGCACUCUUACGCGCAUUGGUGACAUUGAAAGCUUGGGCCGCACACGUGAGCUGACGAUCAAGGAUCUCUGGAACAACGGCAAGUAUCAACUUAUCAUGCGGGAUCCCAAGGGUCGCGAGCAAGGUGCUGCCGAGUUCUCUGUCGUGGAGCAAGAAGAGGAGAAGAAGAAGAAGGAGGAUAAUUGAACGCCAUAAUCUGCAUGGCGAGCCUUGUACGAUGUAUAGAAUAGAUCGAGAUCGUCUAAAGGAUCUCGGGUUGAUCAGUGUACUAUAUCGCCUUGGUUGGGAUCGUGGCUUGCGGUCCCAUGUACUGUGUAUUUAGAACCGUCAAUUCGACAGCCACUUACGAC